CUCACAGUUUACAGGGGGGAGUUAUAGAGUGGUUAAGGUGGGGGGUUGGAUUUUGCUUUCACUGAUGGGGCGUCCUGCUAUGAUCCCAAUACAUGUACCCAAAUACUUCACUAAGGCCUGGUUUUUCAUUUUUGGUUGCUUUUUGGUGUCACUAUGUGAGGCUAUGGAAACCCUUGAUUUUCCAGGGUCUGUUACGUGCCUUAAUGAUAAAAUACUGGUAAAAAAGCCCAAAGGGCUUCGCUUGAAUGCUUGGCAGAAUCUUCAUAUAGUGGAUUCAGCUGGUGUUCAGAUCUUAGACUGUGGUCAUUUUGUGGAUGGUAAAACUCUAACUGUUCCAUACAAAUGCACUGAAUAUCAGACAGGAAGGCACAUCUUUCAAAUUGCAUUCUCCAAGAGUUCAAUGGGAGAUAGAAUUCUUCCCUACAGAAUUAGCUGUGAUGGUCUACAGGCAGAUGAACCAGGAUCAUCAGUAGUGACCUGUACAAAAGACUCCAUGACAGUAAGAAUCCCACGAACUCUUUCUGGUUUUGAUGAUGAGAUACCGGUCGCUGCUCCUUCAUUCUGGGACCUGGAAGUAAAAUUCACAGGGCAGACUUCGUUACUCGGAAUGAGCGAGGCCAGGCAAAGGGGAUACCAGUUUUCAAGUGAUCCUUAUUAUUUAACAGUUCAGGCUUCCUACAGUGCGUUUGGCCUUAAUGUAUUCAAUUUGGAAAACCAGAGACUUUAUGUGGCAGAUCUUCGUCUGGUUUCACAGUUUGGUAGUCCAAGGAUUUCUAUUGACACCCCAAUGAUCUGUGCAAGAGAUUCUCCCAGCUGCAAUUCUACACAUGCGACUGUUCUGAUACCAUUUUUUGGCGGUGUCUUGACUGGUAUAAAUGUCAACAGUGUGAAUAUCCAACUGAGUUCUUAUUCCCUUCAACAACAUGGAAUCACCCUGGACUCUAGAAAUGGCUACAGGCUUUACAUUAAGAGAUCUACGUUAAAGGGUGACAGAAAUGACGUUCUGGUACUAACCUUCAUUUAUUAUGGUAAAACUGUGCCAAUGCUGAUAUCAUUAGUAUGUUCUGGAGGUUCAAAUGUUGAUCCAACUGGGCAUACGGAUACAGUUUCAGCAUGCACACUGGAUGGUCACAUGGACAUCGAAGUCAUUUCAACUAUUACAAAACCUGAACUGAACUUGACAACUGUGAAGCUGAGGGAUGGGGCCUGCCAACCAAGCCAGAUAACAAACAACUUUCUCAGAUUCCAUGUGCCUUUAAAUGGCUGUGGGACGACCGUCAAGAUUGUGGGGACCAAAGUGUUUUAUGAAAAUGAAAUUCAUGCUCUGUGGAAGGAUUUCCCACCAAGAAGAAUCUCAAGAGACAGUGAGUUUAGACAGACUAUCCGCUGCUACUACAACACUGGUGGAAAUGCAUCGGUAAUUGUAAAUGUGUGGACUCUUCCACCCCCAGUCUCAGCCAGGACGGAUGGUCCCCUUACUCUGGUACUCAACGUAUAUCCAGAUGUCUCCUAUGGAACAGCCUACAGUAAUAACCAGUAUCCAGUUGUGAAAACUUUGCUUGACCCAAUAUUCCUAGAAGUACAAGUUCUGAAUCGCAAUGACCCAAACAUUGAACUAGUGCUGGAUGAUUGCUGGGCAACAAUGACGUCAAAUCCAAACUCUACUCCCCAGUGGAAUGUUGUUGUAGAUGGCUGCCAAGAGGAAAUGGAUAAUCUUUGGACAAUCUUUCACCCUGUUGGCAUAAAUGUGGCAAGACCAAGUCACCGGAAGAGGUUUGAAGUGAAGACCUUUGCUUUUGUAUUGGGUGGUGACGUAUUAAGCAACCUGGUCUACUUUCACUGCCAUGCAAUUAUAUGCAACAAACUAGCUCCUGAUUUCUCUUUAUGCUCUAAGACAUGUUCUGUGGGGAGAAGAAAAAGAGAUGAGCUGUCCAUGUACAGAGAAUCCUCUACAGUGAGUCUAUCAGGUCCUAUCCUGAUUGUGGAUCUAGAGUCCUCCACCCAGAAUAAAGAUCACAAAAGUUCUGUAGGUCGUCUUGCUGUUGGUGCCCUGUUUAUCCUUGGAUUUGUCGCAGUGGUUGUGUUUGCUCUGCUACUGAUAUCUGUUUUUAAAAGAAGAUCCACACUGAGCAAUUUUUGUAAUAAAAUACAAAGCAAAAAAUAAUAAAUGAAGGCACAUUAGCCUCUUCCUAGUCUUUUGGUCUACUUAAUGCCAAUACUGGAAAAAGCAAAGCCUUGAAUGAACAUUAA